UAAUAUUUGUCAGCACAGGGCUCUGAUUGAGAUGUCUGGUUUUCGGUUUAGUUUUAUUAUAAAAGCGAGUUACUAAACAUUUAAAUUUAAGUUUGAGUAACACCACAGAGAGCGAUAAAUUUAAAAAGUACAGGAAUAUAUUCCCCAAAAAAGAGUGUUAUUAUUUUAUUACAUAUACUAAAUAAACUUUACAACAUAUACAAAAAUGAGUGCCGGCAAAUCAUACUUCGAACAACCUGGUGAUGAAGGUGGCAAAUUGGCCAAAAAGGCAAAGGAUUCACCCUUUAUGGUAGUGGGUUUGGCUGGUUUUGUUGCCGCUGCCGCUAUUGGUGCCUACAAAUAUAAACAUCGUGGCACCAUGAGCACAAGUGUAUUUUUAAUGCAAUUGCGUGUGGCAGCCCAAGGAACAGUAGUCGCUUGUCUUACAGCGGGUUUGGGUUAUACCAUGUACAACCAAUACUUCAACAAAAGCACAAAAGAAGAUAACAAUUUGUCCAAUUAAAAUUGAUGUUUUCUUAAGUUCAUAUGAAAGAUUGUU